GAGGCAGACGCUCGUGCGUCACUCUCUCACUCCAGUCAGUUAGUGAGUGGCGGCGGCGAAGGAGGAGGAGCCGCAGAGUGGGACAGCAAACAAUCUGAUAUAUGUUAAACAUGUGAGAUUCUUCUAAACACUUUUCCAUAUUCGUCAUGUUGUACAAGAAAAAGUCAAAAGGGGAAAAAAAAAACAUGAGAAAGAAAAAAACAAACCAAGCAAACAACAACUAUUACUACAAAAAAGUGAUCAUCUUCUCCAGGACAGAAACUUCUAGGCCUCCACCAUGUAAAUUUAGGAUUUCCUGAACUCCAAAAUUGCUUCCAAGUUUGGAUUCAUUCAUCUUUGAAAUGGAUUUUGGAUUACCUAUUCUGAAAAGAAAACACAAAUGGAAAAAGCUGGGCCCUGCAUUUAAAUUGUCAGGAUAAAUGCCAUUUCUGGGAAGAAAAAAAAAGUUUUAUUGCAAGAAAUUAAAGAAAAUUGAAACAAAUGAAGACAACUUAUAUGUAGACAAAAUAUGGUUUCAAUGUGAGAGUGAGACUUGUUUAAAAUGGAGGGUGUUAUCUAAUGAAGAUGCCUCCCAAGUUGAUAUCGAUGAGUCAUGGUUUUGCUUUAUGAACAAUGACCAAAACCACAACACGUGUUCUGCUUCUGAAGAAUACUAUCCUGAAGAAUCUUAUGUUCUUAAACAUGGGUUUAAAUAUGUCUAUUCACAACUUCCUAUAGGAAGUCUAGUCUUGGUGAAAUUGUACAAUUGGCCAAGUUGGCCAGGUAUACUUUGCCUUGAUCCUUUAAUGGGGGAAUAUAUGACCUGUGACCUAGAUGGAAAUGUUGAAUAUUAUCAUGUAGAAUUCCUGGGUAAUCCCCAUUCAAGAAAAUGGAUAAAAGCAAACAGUGUCGGUCAUUAUAGUAUCACUUUAAAGCCAGAAAGAUGCAAAUUUAAUAAAAAGUGGUAUGAAAGUGCCCUUCAAGAAGCAUACCUGUUAUAUGCAUUUUCUCAUGAGCAAAGACUGGAUCUGUGUCUUCUAUCAAAAACAGGAAUGCCUUUAGUGGACACACCUGAAGCAAAUAUUAAAGCUGCUGCAAAAGCCAAGAAAAGAAUGAAAAGCUUUAAAAAUGGUAAUAAAAAUAAAAAGUCCAUUUUUAGAAAAAAUAAAAGGAAAGGAUUCUUCAAAUACUCUUUUGAAAUAGUCUGUUCAGAUGAUGCCUUAUUAAAGGAAAACAUAGUUGUUUCUGAAACAGAGGACAUAUUAAGAGAUCUGCUACAAAUGCUGGAGGAAGUAGGAGAACCUGUGAAGACAUUUGGGGAGUCAUAUGCACAUGGAAAUGAAAUACAUGCAGAAGGAAAGGUAUCUCUGUACAACACAGAAACUUCAGAAGAAAUUCUAUGUGAAAACCAGUAUGAAGAGGAUUGUCUUAUAAUUGAUGGAGUAUCCUUCAGAACAGGAGAAUGUAUUGAGAGUAUAACUGAUAAGUUUAAAGAAAUAGAUGCUUUGAUGUCUGAAUUUUAGACUAGCAUGUAAGUGACUAAAAAUGAUCUAUUCUUGUGGCUUCCUAUUUUCAGAGGACAAAUGUAUUUAAAAUAAAAGGUCCAAGAAGCAAAAGCAAUACAGAAAUGAUGCAUUUAUUCAUUUAAAAUUUAUUACUUGACUAUAGAAAUUAAAUGAUGUCUAUGUAAAGGCUUAAGACAAAAGGAAAUAAAAAAAUUAAGUUACCUCUUUGUUUUGAUCUGUCUUCAUAUAUUUAAAUAUUCACCAUAAAACUGAUUAAAAUGCCAAUAUUACAAUUACAAAUGGGAAUAAUGGGCAUUAACAGAGUACAUUAAAAUUCACUAAGUGCUUUCCAGACAUUAGCUCACUUGGGUUCCUCAAAAAUCCUGUGAAGCAGGUUCUGAAGUUAUUAUUCUCUUCAUUUUACAGAUGAUAAAACGGAAACUCACAUAGAAUAAAUGACUUGUCCACGGUCUCAUGGCCAUCAGAAGCAGCAUUAAACCUCAUGUCUUUAUUACUAUGAGCUCUAUACUAUAUCCACUAUACCAGCUACUAUCAAUUAAUGUCGAUAUUUCAUUCAAAUACACACUAUCAAGA